CGUAAUUUUCGCGCCCAUUGUCCUUAUCGUAACAAAAAUAGCAUGCAGUUGCCGAGAGUGUAAGAAAGGCCACACUGCUUGCUGCCCAUCUUUCCCACUUCACAUCGAGAAUCAGAAAUGUCUGGCAUCAACAGGAAACACGACGACAAGCUCGUCUUUGAGACCAGCGAGGACGUCAAGGUCGUACCUACUUUUGAUUCUCUUGGACUGAAGGACGAUUUGCUUCGCGGUGUUUAUGCCUACAAUUUCGAAAAGCCCUCGGCAAUUCAGCAGCGUGCCAUCAACCCCAUUGUCAAAGGACGCGAUGUGAUUGCACAGGCUCAGUCAGGAACAGGAAAGACAGCAACGUUCUCCAUCUCGAUCUUGCAGUCCAUCGAUACCUCGAUCCGCGAGACCCAGGCUCUGGUUCUCGCUCCGACUCGCGAAUUGGCGAUCCAGAUCCAGAGCGUUAUUCUUGCAUUAGGAGACUACAUGAACGUCCAGUGCCACGCUUGUAUCGGAGGCACCAGUAUUGGCGAGGAUAUUCGUCAACUAGACCAUGGACAGCACGUUGUCGUCGGUACACCAGGAAGAGUCUUUGAUAUGAUCCGUCGUCGCAAUCUCAGGACACGAAACAUUAAGAUGAUGGUCCUUGAUGAGGCAGAUGAACUGUUGAACCAGGGAUUCAAAGACCAGAUCUACGACGUCUACAGAUACCUGCCACCCUCGACCCAGGUCGUCAUUCUCUCUGCCACCCUGCCCCACGAUGUCCUCGAGAUGACCUCCAAGUUCAUGACGGAUCCUAUCCGUAUUUUGGUUAAGCGCGAUGAGUUGACACUCGAGGGUAUCAAACAAUUCUUUGUCGCUGUGGAAAAAGAGGACUGGAAGUUUGAUACACUGUGUGAUCUGUACGAUACCUUAACCAUCACACAGGCCGUUAUUUUCUGCAAUACCCGCAGAAAGGUCGAUUGGUUAACUACCAAGAUGAGGGAGGCCAACUUCACAGUAUCAUCCAUGCACGGAGAGAUGCCUCAAAAGGAGCGUGACGCUAUUAUGCAGGAGUUCAGACAAGGCGCCAGCCGCGUGUUGAUCACAACCGACGUAUGGGCCCGUGGUAUUGACGUUCAGCAGGUGUCAUUGGUUGUCAACUACGAUCUUCCCAGUAAUCGUGAAAACUAUAUCCAUCGCAUUGGUCGUUCCGGUCGUUUUGGUCGCAAGGGUGUUGCCAUCAAUUUUGUCACCCAGGAUGAUAUCAAGAUUUUGCGUGAUAUUGAGCAGUACUACAGCACGCAAAUCGAUGAGAUGCCAAUGAAUGUGACCGAUCUGAUCUAAUGCGGGGCCGCCGCCGUAGCUGGCGUCUUUCUCUUGAAAGGAGCCGGAUUCAGUUGUAGUAAAAAAUUCGAUUAUUCACAAGCA